GGAGCAGCUGGCAGCCGCAGAGGAGGAGCCGCCAUGUGACAGGCCUGCCUGCCCGCCCGCCCACACCAUGGCCCUGCUCCUGCUCCCGCUCCUGCCGCUGCUCCUCGACGUGCCCCCGGCGCUGGGGGCCCCCCGCUCCUUCGAGGUCGACUACGCUGGCGACUGCUUCCGCAGGGACGGGGCGCCCUUCCGCUAUGUGGCAGGCAGCCUGCACUAUGCCCGCGUGCCGCGGCUCGCCUGGCGCGACCGGCUCCUCAAGAUGUACAUGACCGGUCUCAGCGCCGUGCAGGUCUACGUGCCCUGGAACUACCACGAGCCGCUGCCCGGCGUCCACGACUUCUCCGGCGACCGGGACCUAGAGGCCUUCCUGGACCUGACAGCGGAGCUGGAGCUGCUGGUGAUCCUUCGCCCAGGGCCCUACAUCUGCGCCGAGUGGGAGAUGGGCGGGCUCCCUGCCUGGCUGCUGUGGAAGCCGGACAUUGUGCUGCGCUCGUCUGACCCUGACUACUUGCACGCCGUGGACUCCUGGCUCAGCAUCCUGCUGCCCAAGGUGCGGCCCCGGCUGUACCACAAUGGGGGGAACAUCAUCAGUGUCCAGGUGGAGAACGAGUACGGCAGCUCCGGGGUCUGCGACUACGACUACCUGCGGCACCUGCUGCACGUCUUCCGUGCGCUGCUGGGCCCCGACGUGCUGCUCUUCACCACUGACGGCAACAGCGUGGCCGAGCUGCGCUGCGGCACCCUGCAGGGUCUCUACGCCACCGUGGACUUCGGGCCAGGCCCCAACAUCACUGAGGCCUUCGCACCCCAGCGGCUCUAUGAGCCCAAGGGCCCCCUGGUGAACUCCGAGUACUACACAGGCUGGCUGGACUAUUGGGGUGAGCCGCACGCCAGCAGCAGCCCCGCCACCGUGGCCCAGGGGCUUCGCGACAUCCUGCAGCUGGGGGCCAGUGUCAACAUGUAUAUGUUCCAGGGGGGCACCAACUUCGGCUACUGGAGUGGUGCUGACUACAAGGGCCAAUAUAAGCCGGUCACCACCAGCUAUGACUACGACGCACCACUCUCAGAGGCUGGUGACCCCACAGAGAAGCUCUUCGCCAUUCGGGAAGUCAUUGCCCAGUUCCAGCCUGUGCCGCAGGGCCCAAUGCCACCAGCCACCCACAAGCGUGCCUAUGGCUACGUACCGCUGCGGAAGUACGCUGGGCUCCUGGACCUGCUGGACCUGCUGUCCCCUGCUGGGCCCAUCCCGAGUCGCUUCCCCUUAACCUUUGAGGCCAUCAAGCAGGCCCACGGCUUUGUGCUGUACCGCACCUGGCUGCCCCGGGACGUGUGGGACCCCGCGCCCCUGAGCGCCCCCCCGCACAGCAUCUGCGACCUCGCCUAUGUGCUGCUGGAUGGGCAGUACCAAGGCCGGCUGGAGCGGGCCGGGCCGUGGCAGCUGUAUGUGACGGGCCAGGCCGGUGCCAUGCUGGAUGUGCUGGUGGAGAACAUGGGUAGGAUCAACUUCGGCACCAACAUCAGUGACUUCAAGGGCCUGCUGGGGAACCUGAGCCUGGCCUCGGUGCCGCUCAGUGACUGGCUCAUCUACCCGCUGGACGUGGAUGUAGUCGUGGCUACAGGCUGGCCCCACACCAUACCCCGGGCUGCAGGGAGCAGCAUCAGCAUGGGGCCAGCGAUCUACACUGGGGCCUUCCGCACGCCCGGUGUUGCCUGGGACACCUUCGUGAAGCUGCCAGGCUGGAGCAAGGGUCAGCUCUGGAUCAACGGCUUCAACCUGGGCCGGUACUGGGCGAGCCGUGGACCACAGCAGACGCUGUACGUGCCAGGCUCACUGCUCAGCCCCUUGCACCCCAACAAUGUGACGGUGCUGGAGCUGGAGCACGCACCACCCCAGCCCGACAUCCUCUUCCUGGACCGGCCCCAGCUCAAUGCCACCAGCAGCUCCCAGGAUGUGCCUACACCCCAAUAAAUGGGGGGCAUCCUCCCCUCAGCAUAG